GACGACGCUGAGCAGACGACCAAGAGAGGCUGAGGCCCAGUGUCAACAAUCAGAGGGUCUUGUGACUGGCCUCCCUUCAAUUUCUGCAGUCAUGAGAUCCACCGUGCUAGUCCUGUUGACCUGGGUGGCGGUGGUGUACGGGGAGGGUGAGGAUGAUGGAGGAAUGGGGCAGGAGAGGUACAGGAUCGAAGGUCGUGUUAUGAGGCCAGACUCCUCCUUAGUGAGCCCCGCUGAGUGGUUCGCCAACACUAAGGUUUUCACCAACAGCGGCCAUUACGGCUUCCUUAAGGAGGAUGGGACUUUCAUCAUUAACAACAUGCCCUCAGGAUCAUACGUGGUGCAGGUCAUGAACCCAACUUUUAUGUAUGAACCUGUGCGUGUCGACAUCAAUUCCAAGGGCAAGAUCAGAGCUCGCGCUGUGAACCACAUCCAGCCCUCUAAUGUGGUGCAGAUGCCCCACCCUCUGCGGAUGAAGAGCCUGGGUCCCUACCGCUACUUCAUGCAACGGGAGCAGUGGCGUCUUACGGACACACUGAUGAACCCUAUGGUGCUAAUGACUGUUCUGCCCCUGGUGCUCAUGAUGAUCCUGCCCCGCCUCAAUGACCCAGAAACCCGCAAAGAGAUGGAACAGAUACAGAUGCCAAAGAUGGACACCCCAGAACUCUCUGAAAUCAUGACCUCAAUCUUUGGUGGUGGCAGCUCAGGUCAAGGGCAGUGUCAAUCCACACAACCCAAGAUGAGGUCACGGGCCAAUAAACGAAAGGAUAAGUCAUAGUAAAGUUGUUAGUUGUUUUUAGGAUGUUGGUGGUGGUCUUUUAAGGGUGGGUGGGGAGAAAAGACAAGGUCAGUGGUAAUUUAUGUAUGUAUAUCAAUAAAUGGUAUUGUAUUAUUGCAGAAGAUGGUUUUGAGAUGUAUAUGUAGGUAACUUAAAGAACAUUACUUUUAUCUAUAUUUGAACUUUGUUACCCUAGUUCUCAAAGCUUUGAAGAUUUAUGUUGGUGAAGUACGUAUGUAUGUGUGAGUGUGAUGAAAUACACAUUAAAGAUGAAAAAAGCACGUAUGAUGUGUCUGUUGUUUCCAUAAAUAAAAAACCAAAAUUUAAAAAAAAGCUGUUCUUCCCAUUCUAUAAUAUGUUUAUUGCACAAUCAUUAUUUAGGAAGUUAUGCCUUCAGGAGUUACAAGACUGUAUAAAACUAUGAUUGUCUGUUAUUUAAUGCAGAGUAGUGUGAAGAAUAUUUAGAAACUUGUUAUUUAACAUCAUUAUUAAAUGAUUCUUUUAUCUUGCCAAUGCUCUUGAGUGAUAUGUAUCAUUGUUUAAAAUAAAGGUUAACAACAAAAA